CGGGCAGCCGGCCCAGGAGCCGCCGCCGCCGGGUCCCGCUCGCCGGCCGCCGCCGCCGCCGCCUGCUCCCGGGCGGGCCGGGCCUGCGCCGCCGCACCCCGCACCCCGCACCCUCGCCUUCAGAGUGGGAGCCAUGGCCGGCGCCGCGUCCCCCUGCGCCAAUGGCUGCGGGCCCUGCGCGCCCUCGGACGCCGAGGUGCUGCACCUCUGCCGCAGCCUCGAGGUGGGCACCGUCAUGACUUUGUUCUACUCCAAGAAGUCGCAGCGGCCCGAGCGGAAGACCUUUCAGGUCAAGCUGGAGACCAGGCAGAUCACGUGGAGCCGCGGCGCCGACAAGAUCGAGGGGGCCAUUGAUAUUCGUGAAAUCAAGGAGAUCCGUCCAGGGAAGACCUCACGGGACUUUGACCGCUAUCAGGAGGACCCUGCAUUCCGGCCCGACCAGUCACACUGCUUUGUCAUCCUGUAUGGCAUGGAAUUCCGCCUGAAGACCCUGAGCCUGCAAGCCACGUCUGAGGAUGAAGUGAACAUGUGGAUCAAGGGCUUAACUUGGCUGAUGGAAGAUACCUGGCAGGCGGCCACACCCCUGCAGAUUGAGAGGUGGCUCCGGAAGCAGUUCUACUCGGUGGAUCGGAAUCGUGAGGAACGUAUAUCAGCCAAGGACCUGAAGAACAUGCUGUCACAGGUCAACUACCGGGUCCCCAACAUGCGCUUUCUCCGUGAGCGGCUGACGGACCUGGAGCAGCGCAGUGGGGACAUCACCUAUGGGCAGUUUGCUCAGCUGUAUCGCAGCCUCAUGUACAGCGCCCAGAAGACGAUGGACCUCCCCUUCUUGGAAGCCAGUGCUCUGAGGGCUGGGGAGCGGCCGGAGGUCUGCCGAGUGUCCCUUCCUGAGUUCCAGCAGUUCCUGCUCGAGUACCAGGGGGAGCUGUGGGCUGUUGACCGGCUCCAGGUGCAGGAGUUCAUGCUCAGCUUCCUCCGUGAUCCUCUGCGAGAGAUCGAGGAACCAUACUUCUUCCUGGAUGAGUUUGUCACCUUCCUGUUCUCCAAAGAGAACAGCGUGUGGAACGCGCAGCUGGAUGCGGUGUGCCCAGACACCAUGAACAACCCCCUCUCGCACUACUGGAUCUCUUCCUCGCACAAUACGUACCUGACCGGGGACCAGUUCUCCAGCGAGUCCUCCCUGGAGGCCUAUGCUCGCUGCCUGCGGAUGGGCUGCCGCUGCAUUGAGUUGGACUGCUGGGACGGCCCAGACGGGAUGCCAGUCAUUUACCACGGACACACCCUCACCACCAAGAUCAAGUUCUCGGACGUACUGCACACCAUCAAGGAGCACGCCUUUGUGGCCUCAGAGUACCCGGUCAUCCUGUCCAUCGAGGACCACUGCAGCAUCGCCCAGCAGAGGAACAUGGCCCAGUACUUCAAGAAGGUGCUCGGGGACACGCUGCUCACCAAGCCCGUGGACAUCACUGCCGAUGGACUACCCUCCCCCAACCAGCUCAAGAGGAAGAUCCUCAUCAAGCACAAGAAGCUGGCCGAGGGCAGCGCCUACGAGGAGGUUCCCAGCUCUGUGAUGUACUCGGAGAAUGACAUCAGCAACUCCAUCAAGAACGGCAUCCUCUACCUGGAGGACCCUGUGAACCAUGAGUGGUACCCCCACUACUUUGUUCUGACCAGCAGCAAGAUCUACUACUCUGAAGAGACCAGUAGCACUCAGGGCAACGAGGAUGAGGAGGAGCCCAAGGAGGCCAGUGGCAGUGCCGAGCUGCACUCCACCGAGAAGUGGUUCCACGGCAAGCUCGGGGCAGGGCGGGACGGGCGGCACAUCGCCGAGCGCCUGCUCACUGAGUACUGCGUUGAGACCGGCGCCCCGGACGGCUCCUUCCUUGUGCGCGAGAGCGAGACCUUCGUGGGCGACUACACGCUGUCUUUCUGGCGGAACGGGAAAGUCCAGCACUGCCGCAUUCACUCCCGGCAGGAUGCCGGGACCCCCAAGUUCUUCUUGACAGACAACCUCGUCUUUGACUCACUCUAUGACCUCAUCACACACUACCAGCAGGUGCCCCUGCGCUGCAACGAAUUUGAGAUGCGCCUUUCAGAGCCUGUCCCACAGACCAAUGCUCACGAGAGCAAAGAGUGGUACCACGCGAGCCUGACCAGGGCCCAGGCUGAGCACAUGCUGAUGCGCGUCCCCCGGGAUGGGGCCUUCCUGGUACGGAAACGGAACGAGCCCAACUCCUAUGCCAUCUCCUUCCGGGCUGAGGGCAAGAUCAAGCAUUGCCGCGUCCAGCAGGAGGGCCAGAUGGUGAUGCUGGGGAAUUCAGAGUUUGACAGCCUCGUUGACCUCAUCAGCUAUUAUGAGAAGCAUCCACUCUACCGCAAGAUGAAGCUGCGCUAUCCCAUCAACGAAGAGGCAUUGGAGAAGAUCGGCACAGCUGAGCCCGACUACGGGGCCCUGUAUGAGGGACGCAACCCUGGCUUCUAUGUGGAGGCAAACCCUAUGCCGACUUUCAAGUGUGCAGUCAAAGCCCUCUUUGACUACAAGGCACAAAGAGAGGACGAGCUCACAUUUACCAAGAGCGCCAUCAUCCAGAACGUGGAGAAGCAAGAGGGAGGCUGGUGGCGGGGUGACUACGGGGGGAAGAAGCAGCUGUGGUUCCCAUCAAAUUAUGUGGAAGAAAUGGUCAGCCCAGCAGCCCUGGAGCCUGAGAGGGAGCACUUGGAUGAGAACAGCCCUCUGGGGGACUUGCUGCGGGGGGUCUUGGAUGUGCCAGCUUGUCAGAUUGCCAUCCGCCCCGAGGGCAAGAACAGCCGGCUCUUCGUCUUCUCUAUCAGCAUGGCGUCAGUGGCACACUGGUCCCUGGAUGUUGCUGCCGAUUCACAGGAGGAGCUGCAGGAUUGGGUGAAAAAAAUCCGGGAAGUGGCCCAGACAGCAGAUGCCAGGCUCACCGAGGGGAAGAUGAUGGAACGGAGGAAGAAGAUUGCCCUGGAGUUGUCCGAGCUUGUUGUCUACUGCCGGCCUGUUCCCUUUGAUGAAGAGAAGAUUGGCACAGAGCGUGCCUGCUACCGGGACAUGUCGUCCUUCCCGGAAACCAAGGCUGAGAAAUAUGUGAACAAGGCCAAAGGCAAGAAGUUUCUCCAGUACAAUCGCCUGCAGCUCUCCCGCAUCUACCCCAAGGGCCAGCGGCUGGACUCCUCCAAUUACGAUCCCUUGCCUAUGUGGAUCUGUGGCAGUCAGCUGGUGGCCCUCAACUUCCAGACCCCAGACAAGCCUAUGCAGAUGAACCAGGCCCUCUUCAUGGCUGGUGGGCACUGUGGCUACGUGCUGCAGCCGAGCACCAUGCGGGACGAGGGCUUUGACCCCUUUGACAAGAGCAGCCUGCGCGGGCUGGAGCCAUGCACCAUCUGUGUUGAGGUGCUAGGGGCCCGGCAUCUGCCCAAGAACGGCCGAGGCAUCGUGUGUCCCUUUGUGGAGAUUGAGGUGGCCGGAGCAGAGUAUGACAACACCAAGCAGAAGACCGAGUUUGUGGUGGACAAUGGACUGAACCCAGUGUGGCCGGCCAAGCCCUUCCAAUUCCAAAUCAGUAACCCGGAAUUUGCCUUCCUGCGCUUCGUUGUGUAUGAGGAAGACAUGUUUAGUGACCAGAAUUUCCUGGCUCAGGCUACUUUCCUGGUGAAAGGCCUGAAGACAGGGUACAGAGCUGUGCCUUUGAAGAACAACUACAGUGAGGACCUGGAGUUGGCCUCCCUGCUCGUCAAGGUUGACAUCUUCCCAGCCAAGCAGGAGAAUGGUGACAUCAGCCCCUUUAGCGGCACAUCCCUGCGGGAACGGGGCUCCGAUGCCUCGGGUCAGCUCUUCCAUAGCCGGGCCCGGGAAGGCUCCUUCGAAGCCCGCUACCAGCAGCCAUUUGAGGACUUGCGCAGCUCCCAGGAGCAUCUCGCAGACCACUUUGAUGGCCGGGAACGAAGGGCCCCACGAAGGACUCGGGUCAAUGGAGACCACCGCCUCUAGUUGGGCUCCAGGCUCUUUGGAGAGCAGCAGGUGCUGUGCACCUUGUGGAACUCUGUGAACUGGUUUCUCUGGAAGCGGCCUGCCGGGGCAGCUUUCCUGGUCUCGCAGCCUGGAGCCUGCAUUCCAGCAGCAAGUGCUAGAAAAAACCAAGCCAUUAAUGAGAUGUAUUACGGUCUUGGGCCUCCACGCCCAAGCUCUGAGUGAAGGCAAAAACUGUACUGUGUCUCACAUUAAGCACACACAUCUGGCCCUGACUUCUGGAGAUGGAGCCCUCCAUCUGGCGGGGCCAGGACCAUGGCCUCAGCCCCUUGGAGAGAGGCUGUCUCGCCAGCAGCUGUAUACGGGGCUCUGAGGAGCUGCUGACGUUCCUGAGAAUGGAGGAGGAGGAGGAGGAGGAGGAGCAGAUUUGCUGGGCCAGGGAAACAAUGUUUACAUUGUCCUGUAGCUUUAAAACCAUAGCUGGGUAGGGUGAGGGCGUAGGUGCCCCUGCAAUUCGCAGCUUGGCCCUGGGGCCUGCCCUGCGUAAGGUGGAGGACACAGCACAAGGGCUCGCUGCCCGUGGCCGGGGACACCAACCCAGCCUGAAAGAUACAGGGGGUCAUGUUAAAAAGCGCAGUAUUGUUUUUCUUCUCAGUGGUAUUAUAACUAAGUUAUUCACUCCUCCUGCUCCUCACCCUUGUGGGGGGAACUUGGAACUUGGAGCAGCAAGUUCUCCUUUGAGAGGAGAGGGCAGGUGCUGCCACCAUGUUGGGAGGGGCUCAGUGUGGGAUGGGGAGGCACUGUCAGGAGUGGGGUUGGGGUGGCAGAGAAGAAAAUGACCAAGCCCAUUCUGGUGUUUUGUUUUGUUUUGUUUUGUUUUUUUAAAGCCUAGACAACUCAAUCUGCUUUCCUUUAGGAUUGAAAAGGGAUUAAGGGGCUCCCUGCCUCAUGGAUAGGUGGGAAUAGGCAGGCAGGUGCUGAGUGAAGCUGCUGUGCUUAUUGCAGCUCUGUCCAGCUAGUGAAAAGAUCCAAGGAGGAAAGGAAGGCAGGAAGGUAGGCCCCACCCCUCCAGCCAGAGACUGGGGUCCAGGCCUGGGGUGCAAAGGCGCCUCGUAGCACAGCCAGCAUUCAGCACACACACACCCACUGCCACAUUUGGGUCGGGGUUGGCCAGUUCGCUAGUUCUGCUGCCCUCUUAAGAUCUGACUGCCAAAUAAAUCAUCCUCAUGUCCUUUUCCCUUUAACUUGUCAGCUCUUUGGGGGCUGGGGAAAGCCUGUUGUCUGGGGGCUUAUUAACUAGAGACAAUUGCCUGAUUAUUUUUCUACAGUAGAAGCAAGGGAGGAGUUUUUGGAAGCAUCUCAGGUCAAGCAGCUCAACUCUGGGCUCACAGGAGGUGUGCUGCCCCCUCUUCCCUGCCCAUCCUCCAUAGGCAGUGGGCUGGGGGCAGGACAGCCAGCUGAGAGCAAGCCCAGGGUCACUGGCCAACCAGCUUUGGGGUGAGCAAGAAGCAACCAAAGCCCUUCCCAGUUCUACAGAAACCUCCUUUUCAAAAACGCGCAUUCCAGAGUGGGUUGCUUGGUGCCAGUCUGGCUGCUCCUCAAGCUUGCAACCAAAAACUCUGUGCCCAGGACCCAGUCAAGAAGGUCCUGCCUUUCCCGUGUCUGUUUCCAUAGAGGUCUGCACUGGGCUGGCUCAAAAAUGAUGCCAAAAAGACAAAAGAGGUUGUUCCCGGCUACAUUAAAUGCCAGCCUGGGGAAUCAACACAAGAUCUCUUGUCACUUAUUGAACAGAUACAGGUAAGCGGAGUCAGAUGAUUCUGGCACAAUCCCUCCUAAUGUAUGUACAAAGCAUGGUAAGUGGCUUUGAAGAGACCAAGUUUGUAUUUUUUUCUUUAAAAGACAAAUCAAGGCAAAA